AUUUGAUUUUCAUAACUGAUUGCGAACAUCUCAAUUAACUCUCAUCUGUUUUUUAUUUAAUUAAUAAUGGAAAAACUUAUACAGCCAGUUAAAGAAGUUUAUUCAAAAUUUGUAUUUGACAAACAAACUCCUAGUUAUGUAGAGAUAUAUACGAAAAACGAAACAGAAGCCGUUAUUGUGUAUUCAAAGGCCAAGCUGACGCCAGCUUCGACUUUACAAGUUACUAACGAAAACAAUAAAUCAGAAGAAUUAGACCUGACGGGAUCACCUCUGAAACUGGAUUUAAGUUUGCAUACAAUACUCGAUGAAACAUUUGUUAAUGAUGAACCACAGCUGUGGAGGAAAGAAGAGGCUCAGCAUGCACCUAUCGAUAUAGAUACAGCAAGAGAAAUAUUAAACUCUUAUAACCAAAUCACAAGCAAGGUGACAGCUGAAAACGCAAUUCCAAUGUGGGUACUAUGCAAACCGUCAGAGACAACAAGAACAUUACUCAUGACCAUUCAAUCUAAUGAGAACCAGUUUGAUAGGGGCUUAGUUACUUAUGAGGGUUCUAUGUCACUGGAUGAAAUCGAUGUGGAUGAAAUGGUCUCCAAGUUUUCGGAACUAGACAGAAAAGAUGAAUCUGAUGUAUCGAUAUCGGUGGAAUGUAAGUACGCUAUUUCCGGUGUAUCAUACAGCUCGUACACUAGCGAAGAACAGCUGAUUGCUCCCCAUGGCGGACUGACGGAAUUAACAUGUCAAUGGUCAAAUAAAACGCUGCUCACACCCUUUAUAAGCUGUAGUGUACAUUUCGUACAGGAGGUGAUAAUCGGACAUAUAGCGAGUCCAUGCAACGCUAUAUGGAAAUCUGUGUGCGCUUUGCACAAUAUAAAUCAAUUGUUGGUAGAAAUGACCUCAGCUGGUGUAACUAAUAUACCACUAGAUAAGGCUUUUAUAAGAAUCAACAAUCCCAAUAUAAAGCAGCCCAAUAAUUCAAAACGUCUCACAGAGCUUCUCAAUGAGACCGAAAUGUACACGUAUACAGCCGAGUGUCCUGUAGGUGGGUGCAUCUGCGUGACUGAAGACACGACCAGCUUGCGGCAGUGUAUGUCCGUCUUAUCCUCCCAGGGGUCCAGUAACGAUUUUACAUAUAAACUAUGGGAUAUAUUAAGAGACUGUGAAACCGCUGAGGAACUAGUUACAUUGCUAAUACAGGCUCUUAAGUUCAUAUCGUCUGGGAAGAUAAGGCCAUUUAUAGACGUUAACAAUAAGAGCUAUCUAUCAAAGCUGGUGUUGAAAUUGUCGAGAGGACAUUCCCAAACAUCUAAAGUAUUGAAGAACCUUAAAUCAAGUCCGCCUCAAGCUCUGUCACUCGUCGGACAAGUUGGUAUAGAGAAGACUAUGUGGGAAUAUACAAGAAUAAUGUCACUUCUAGAACAUUCGUUCUUUAUAGCUGGCAUCUGGCACUCCGACACCAGAUCAAAUGAAUCUAUUGAACAAAUAAAUCAAACGAUCCAAGACAUGACAAUGGGUGAUACGUUGAAUCCGUUUGAGAAUCUCACAUCAACGGAACACUCCAUACGUCUGGACACCGAGUCUGUGUGCAUUGAUGAUGACAACGAGCUCACUGUUGAUGACUUUACAUCGCUGAAGAAGCAUGGCUUGGUUAAUGAGAGGAAAGACAUCAAUGAGGUGCCGUUAAUAGCCGAUGAAAUAGAUAUAAGCCCCUGGAAGAAUCUAUUGAUGAAGUUUGCUCAAGUGCAUGUCUGUUUGGAACAUUUGUACAGAGCGGAGACAUGUCUGAGGGCAGAUUUUGUCCAACUGAAACCGAUGGCAUCAAAGUUAUUAGAGAGCUAUGUAUCUGAGAAGUCGUCCAUUAAAACCGUCGGCCAGCUGAUGAAUGAACCCAUACAUAAUAUAUUAAUACCGAUAGCAAAUAACAUAGUACAGGAUCAACUCAAGAAACCAGCUGCUUGGUACAGAUUGGAACUUGGAUUCAAAGAAGUCUCUGAUGUGAGAAACUACAAAUUAGUCAGCGUUUUUUCUCAACUACCUGCAUUCCCGCCACAAGUAUGGCAACACAUAGAACCUCCCUCGGAUGAAGUGGUGGAAACGACUACUGUGGAAGAAUUGAAGUAUCAUCAUACAAAAUAUAUGUUUAUAAGUGAUAAGUAUUCGAGGAAACUGGAUUUCUUAAUGUAAAUAAAUAUAUUCAAGUACUUUGCCAUAGAUUAAUAAUAUUUAAUGUGAUAUUAAAAAAUAUGUACUUUAUAAUCUGUAUACAUUUAAGGAAAUAAAAAUAUUUCUGAUAGCAA